UAUUCCCAAUUAGCUGGUCGAUUUUCUUUAAGCAACCUCUCUUUUGAGGGCGACAGCUCUGGUUUCUCCAGUCUUGGGGGGGGCAGGGAAGAGAGAAGAAAGCCCCACUCUUAUGCAGACUGAACUGGUCACAGGAAACUAGAUUGAAACCCCUUCAAACAAGCCCUAAGCAAUUGCUGGCAAGCUGCGUUAUUAAACUGGGCAGCCUUUUCUCUAGUUGUUGGGGUGACCGGGGUGCGAAGUGGCUAACUCUCCUUUGUCUCCCGUUUUGUUUGAAGCGUCUGUUUUUUACCUUUUGCCUCUGAAAUGACUCUAAAUACCCUUGCCCUAGCCAGCCCCACCGCCGAAGCCAGCAAGCCUUUGGCCGAACCCUGGGAAAAGUUUGCUGAAUUCGAAGGCGAGAUGAAAUGACAUGACACUGUAAUUGACAAAAAGCUGCGGGUUCUGGAGCAGGAGGUGGCUUCGCUGAGCUGCAGGGCCUGUCCACGCCUGGCUUGGCUCUGGUCAGGAUGCUCAGAAACUCGGGGCUCACUUGGAUACCUGGGACACACGGAAGCAGGCGGAGCCAGCCAGGGGUAAGAGUGAGUGCCCAGGGUCCGACCCGACCUUAGCCUUCCCAAGCCACACGUUCUGUUAUUCAAUCCAGUACUUGCAAGCCUUCUCCCCGCUUAGUUAAGAGAAGUUUGUACCCCAAGUUCUGGGUGGGACCGGGAUUGGCACCAGGGCCGACAAAGACAAACACAUCCCUUGCAGUAACUGGGUGUCUGGGGACCGAAUUCCAAAGAUGAAGCCCUGGUUUCUCAUUUGUUGGAUGGCCUUUGGGGUUCCCCCCUGCUCCCUAUCUCCUGCUCUGAUGGUGAACCCAGGCUCUGGCUUGAGCUGGGCUUCAAGUUCUCCAGGACUUGGCAAGGGCAGGGCACCCCUGAAACCCCAUCCCUGGAGAGAAUUGGAAGUAGUUCAUUAUUUAGGGGAGGGGGCCGGGAGAGGUUGGGCUCCUUCACGCUGGUUUCUCCAUUCCGGAGCCAUUCGGUAAGUCCCUUUGCUCUAGGAGCCUUUUUCUCCCAGUGUGGGUGGGGAGGAGGGCUGAAGCAGCCUUGGAAACUGGCUUUAUAAAUGGCAGCGGUUUCCUGCCUCUCCUCUCCCAGUGAAAGGCCUUUGGCGGCUCUGUUUCUCUGCUCCCCUCCCCCAUCACCCCCUGCAACCCCUCUGCUGAGCCUGGCACGUCAGUUUUCCCGCAGCAGAGUCUUGUUCAGAAAGUUAUAAACCCCAGGCCUUGGGGACUUAAGGAUUCUGACUCCACAAUAAAAACAGGAAAAACAUGUUUGGUCUUUGUAUGUUUGCUCAGUUCUGGAUCUGGCAGUAAACAAGCUCUCCCUCCCCCUUGGCUGGAUGAGGCCCUAUCUUUCCCCUGGGCCUCCCAGAACAGUGACCAAGGUCACAGAACCUUUCUAGCUGUUCAGAUGCUUGGCCUUUGGCCCGGGCUCCCCACCUCCCCUCCCCCACAGCCGACAAGGCCUUUCUUUCCCUAUCUUCAGCACCCCACCCCCAGCUGAAUUCCUCUGAAUUUGCUUUCCUGGUUUAUGUUGUAGCCAAAAAUGGGGGUCUUGUCGACUCCCCACGUGGGCUCCAUUGAUGGAUACAUCUGGUGCUGGUUUUUAAAGAGGGACUCCUUGUGGGCUCGACCUAGCAGCCUGGGAAAUCUUGGGCAGUGAGGCUACCUUGGCCCAAGAGCCCACUUUGGGGGCCCCAAAGCCGCCCGAAGCUUUUCUAGCCAGAGGCACUGGGCCCCCUUUGGUUUGCCCGCCGAGAGAUGGAAGAAAGCCACUGGGACUCAGCACGCCUAGCAAGAACGGGUCGACCCCCAGUUGCCUUCCCAGCUUGGCCGUAAGUCUGCAAAAUGGGACUGCUUUGCAUCUGACCUUACAUGACUGCUGUGAGCUUCGUGGAUAGAUGUGAAACUGCAUCUUGGGUGGCUCCUGUUUCUGUGGUAGCUGGUGGUUUACAAGCUUUGGGCAGCCCGGGCGGCCUCAGUUCUCAGCCCGCGCGUCCUGGGCCCAGGCGGCGGCGGUCCAUGGCAGACCCCGGACCCCCAGCCCCGGCCGCGGCCCCGACGCCGGCCCAGGCCCCCGGCAAAAAGGAGCUGAAAAUCGUGAUCGUGGGGGACGGAGGCUGCGGGAAGACCUCGUUGCUGAUGGUUUACAGCCAGGGGGCCUUCCCGGAGCGCUACGCCCCUUCUGUCUUUGAAAAGUACACCACCAGUGUGACCCUGGGCAGCAAGGAGGUGGUGCUGAACCUCUAUGAUACAGCAGGUCAGGAAGACUACGACCGCCUUCGUCCCCUGUCGUACCAGAACACUCACCUUGUCCUCAUUUGCUAUGACGUCAUGAAUCCCACUAGCUAUGACAAUGUGCUCAUUAAGUGGUACCCUGAGGUCACUCACUUCUGCCACGGGACACCCAUGGUUCUCAUCGGCUGCAAGACUGACUUGAGAAAGGACAAGGAGCAGUUGCGAAAGCUACGAGCUGCUGAGCUAGAACCUAUCACCUAUGCCCAGGGUGAGAGUGCCUGCCAACAGAUGAAGGCAGCCCUAUACCUGGAGUGUUCGGCCAAGUUCCGUGAGAACGUGGAGGACGUGUUCCGAGAGGCCACCAAGGUCGCCCUUAGUGCCCUCAAGAAGGCCCAACGAAAGAAGAAACGGCACAUCUGUUUGCUGCUAUGAUGGGAUCCCAGGUCCUGGACAGCCCCGACGGGCUGGGCCGGCCGUCUUGGUCUCCCCAGUCUCCUAUGGAGCUAGUGGCUGGGGAGGGAGGGGGGAGGGUGAUGCCAGUGCAGCUGUGGGAAGGAACCCUAGAUCCCAUCUCCAGGGGACUCCUUUCCUAGCUCUGAGUCAGUGCAGAUUUGCGAGAUCCCCAGAGCAGGGCAUAGAGUGCCUCCCAUGGAACACACGGCCCUGAAUGAUUCCUUUCUGCCUGGUUGAAGCCAGUGACUCCCAACCAGUCUCUUGGGUUUGGCCCUCAUGCUGAAAAUGGGGUUUGGAGGCUACCCAGCUCGGGCCAUCAACCCACAUUCACUUAUUAAUAAGCACCUAGUACCAGGCUCUGUGCUAGGUGUUAGGGUACAAAGAUAAUGAAACCCUACCCUCAAGGAGCUCCCAUUCUAUCAGGCCCUGGGGAGAAAGGAGCCGUUGCUUACGUCCAAGUGUCCGCGUCCCACCUGUUAAGUGGGCCACGUAGGCAGCUCUGUUUUUCCCCUUCAUCCCAGGGAGGUGGGGGGGGAGGGGGAGGUCAGCCAAGCCCUCUGGGCUAAGCACAGGGCUGACCCAGGGAGAAUGUGCAAGGGAAGCCAGACUGUCACUCGAAGGAUGAGCCACUUGGAGAGGCUGACGCCCGUCACUGACAGGAUGGACAGCUGUCGAGAUGGACUUUCACCAAGAUCUUGCUGUUCGUGUACAGGUUGGACUAGCUGACCUCUGAAAGCCCAUCUCACCGAAUCUGUUAGUCACCCAGCUGACGUACAGGAUGCCUGCUGUCAGAGGCGAGCCUAACAGAGACUCUGGAAUUCCCAAAACCCCUUUCUCACACCGUCUUGGCCACAUUCAGUUUCACAUUAAAAACCACCACUGGUACAAAAGAUAUGAUGGCCCUGU